AUGGGAAAUACUGCCAAUAAUCUACCCGGAUAUACGAAGCCACCAAAGUUGACUUUACUUAUAACUUUAUCACUAAGCUUCCUAAUAGAUAUAACACCAUCAUUAGAGAGAGAGGAGGAUUACUAUCUAGAAGUCAAAAGCAAUCCUCGAGUUCUUCUCCCCGAUAAGGCAACCAGUGCCCUUGACCUCUAUAUCGAAGUCACUCAAAAAGCUCUUUACAACGCUUGCCAAGGGCACACAACCAUUACCAAAAUAUACAAGCUGGCAACUAUUCAGGAUGCCGAUAACAUUGUUAUUAUAGAAAGUGGCCGAAUUCUCGACACCAAUUACUCUUUACUUAAAGCAAAUAGCCGCCCUUAUUCGAGAUUUAUUGGAGGCCAAGACCUAUCUGUCGCCGAGGACUUGCCAGACGGCUCUUUAGACAGCAAGGAUGAAAUAGAUAACUAA